AUGCUUCCUAGCACAUUCCAUCCUUUUGUGGCCCAGGGCCUGGACCAGACCAUUGUGAUACCCAACACUUACCCACCUGGAAGUGGGCUUCGGAUGCCAUUCUUCCCAAGGGUGGGUUUCUGUGUCCCUGUUCCCUUCACGUUAAGACGCCAUGCCUUCCUUGGCUUCUACGCCUUUGGAUCUUCCAUAUUCCUCCUCCUACUCCAAGACUGUGGAGAUGGCUCUCCCAUCCUGGUCAAGGAGCAGGGUGGGACGGAGGGCUACCUAUCUGUUCCUUGGCUGAGUUCUUUCCCAGCCCAGGCAGCACCAAUCUCGGCCCUGCUUUGA